AUGGAUUCCAACGCCUUCGCUGUGUGCGGCCCUAAUUGCAUCUGGAAGGCGGAUGCAGAGGAGUGGGACUUCCAGACCUGGUCAGAGGGCAACGAAUCCCUGACCGAUGGUGAAGACCUCCAGCUUCUCCUCGGCGGGGAGUUGGAUGAAGAUGACGAGAACGACAUGUCCUGGGAUGGGGAUUUCUUCUCCUCGAAGGAGGAAGUCGAUUCUUCAUCAACCAAGGAGGACUCGGUAGUAGGAGGCUACCUGCUUGGCGGAUCAUCGGAGGACAAUGACGACAACAAUGAUGAUGAAGAUGAAGAAGCCGAAGAUAGCAUUGGCUUCAGUAGAGAUAGCGAUGGAGACGAUGACGGCGACGACGACAGCAGCGAUGACGACAAUGACACCAGCAUGGCUCCUCCGAUCAAGUGCCGCAGAGUCUCCAGCACCUACUGGUGGUAG